AUGCGCACGUUACUGAUAACGAUAUUCAUCAUUGUCGUAGCUACUGGGAGACUGGGAUACGCCUAUGAUCUGAAUGAAGAUUUAGCUCGCGGAUUGGUUGGAAAUCUUUCCACGCAACAUCGCACGAUACUUGGGGAUGGUUCAGGUUUUAGUGACUUUCCUGAAGAUUGUGCAGCGAUCUACUUGAAAGAACAAAAUUUACAUAAUAUUCCACCUCCCACUGGUAUUUAUGAAAUUUGGCCGAGACAAGGAAAACCGAUUAAAGUUUUGUGUGAUAUGAACACUGAUGGCGGUGGUUGGACUGUGUUUCAAAAACGAGGCGAUUACACACCUCGAGAAGAUUUCUAUCGAACGUGGCUCGAAUACAAGCGAGGCUUCGGUGAUCUACAACGGCAGUUUUGGUUAGGGAAUGAUCGCUUGUCGAUUAUGACCAAUCAAGAUUCAUAUCGACUACGAGUCGAUCUUGAAGAUUUUGAUGCACAAAAACGAUUUGCAGAGUACAGUUCUUUUCGAAUAUCGAACGAAGCUGACAAAUAUCGAUUGACACUUGGAUCUUAUUUGAAGGGUGACGGAGGAGAUUCAUUCAGCUUUCAGAAUAACAUGCAGUUUUCAACGAAGGAUCAAGAUAAUGACGCAAAUCCUGGGUCAUGUGCACAACUAUACAAUGGAGCGUGGUGGUAUUAUACUUGCCAUGAGUCUAAUUUGAAUGGUGGAUAUUUGCGUGGACCACAUCCGACGAUAUACGCUGCAGGCGUCAAUUGGCUAGCAUUUAGAGGCCAUUACUACUCAUUGAAAACUACAGAAAUGAAAAUUCGACCUGCUUGGUUCAAACCUUAA